CUCAACGUCCAAAGAAACACUUCAAACCACACCUGACACACCGUAUCGUAUUACCAUCAACUAGCUGCAUCACUCGAAGCAUUACGCAAGCAACAUGGGUCGACCAGGUGCCAUGCUCGUUCAAUCGCAGCCCACACAUGACGGGAUCACCGACUCCGACCUCAAGAGUUGGUACCUCGACAAGCACAUACCUGAAGUUCUCGACACUGGCGGAGUGCGUGGUGUUCUAUUCUGCCAACUUGAUCGCGAAUCAUCCAAGGAGUAUCUUGGAGAACAGGUACCGAAGUUAUACCUGGCUGUGUACCUGCUUCACGACUUGGCCUGGCUGCAUGAGGAGGGUUGUGGGCUGUGGAGGCUGCCGUUAGUCCUCAGUUCGAACAAUGUGGACCUAGAGGCGAGACACAGGGGAAGGAGUGUGUUUGAGGUUGCUGAAUUUGUGACGCACUUUUGGGAGGUUGUUGAAGCUGCGGCGCAUAAUGGGAUGGUAGCUCAGCCCAUGGCUGGCCCUCCCGAUGACGAUAAGACCAAAGAAGAGCCGACCAUGCGUCUGGUACUCUCGUACUUGGACAGCCCGGACAAGUCACGAACAAACCUCGCAGAUUUAAUGCCGGCGCCGGCUCACGACCAAGAGCCAGAAGCGAUAAUAUCAACCCUGUUCAAGGUUGACGAGACAAAUCCUGGUCCACCUGCCAGCAAGAAUGAGAAGGGUGACACGCCGGUGCCCUUGCCUGAGCAAAAGUACUUGCACUGUCAUCAGCUUUUCGGCAACACUUUGCAUGAGUCCCCGCUCCCUCCGCAUGGUUUCCGCUUGUCCACGGUCGAAUACACGGUCCUCGCUGAGUUUGGUGAUACAAAACCCCUGCGAUCGGGGAAUGAAACUUCGGUUCAAGCUUGAUUCAGGUGAAGAAGAGAGAUUAAUUAUUCUCGGUCUUGAAAAUGUCCUGGGUCAGACGGAGCAUGGGAUUGUUUGUGAUUGAUGCGUUGGAUUGCUCCCCUUAGGUAGGUAGCUGAUCAAUGCAAAUUUUGUUCACUGGCUCCGGUUGUGUU